UACAAGGAUCACCCUGGCCACGAGACAGUUUGUUUUGGAAACCCACAAAAAUUUGAUUCAAUUUUUGCGGUGGUUCUAUGGUUCGCUUCGCAUCUCGCAUUCGCAUUCGUCCUCUUCAUUGUGUUUUGUAUUAAAGGUGUGCGCGCACAAUGAACGAUUUAAAUUUACGGGUAACAGCAAUCAAGCUGUGCGCCCAUCCCAAGCGUUUCGCGGAGCUGCGCGACGCCCUCGUGCCGGUGCCCAACAAGUGGACGGGAUCGCCCCAUAGCUUUGUGCAGCAGUUUGCCACGGCCAGCACCAGUGCGGAGCAGGUGAGCGUCAUCCGCGGCUGUUUCCAUGCACUGCACGAGCAGCAGACCCAGGCUGGGCACGGUGACGGUGAGGAUCAGGAUCAGGAGCAACGUCGUCUGGCGGUGGAACAGUUUCUGGCCAGUGUGCUCUUUGCCAGUCCCCUCAAGCACUCGGUGCGCAAUCAGCUGAUCAAGCUCUUCUCCGACCAGGCUCUGGCCAAGCAGCUGGGCCAGCCACAGCACACCAAGCCACAGCUGCUGGCCGCACUGCGUGCGGCUCUGCGCGAAUUGGCGGCCACAGUUGCCAGCACCAGCACAGAUACCCCGCUGACCCACGACCAGGUGAACGAUGUGUUUGUGUCGACCAAUGCGUGUCUGCAGAAUUUCCCGUAUGGCCGGGAGGCUCUGGGCCAUGAGCUUGAUGUCUUUUUGCCGCUCCUAGGUAGCGCCCUCGAACGCUAUUGGCUGGACAUCAGCAAUAGCAGCGCCCUGGAGCUGUCACCCACGCGGCUCAACGAACUGUAUCUGUUUGUGCAGAAUGUGCUGCGCUUCCAUGUGGGUGUGCUGUCCGAGUGGGGCGACCGGCUGGAGAGCGGUGUGCGUGUGCACCUGCGAUCGGUUCAGUUGGUGGCCGAGGAGGUGGCCCGUCACAGGGAUACACCGUGGGAUGUGCGCUCGAUCGCUGGCCUAGUGAUUGGCAAGAAUGCCCGAUUCUUUGAUCGUUUGGAGGCUUAUCUGGACGAGUCGUCGCAGGCGAUGCCCAUCGAGUGCCUGCCCAUACAGGCGGCUGCUCUGAAUGUUCUGCUGCCCGACGAUUAUCAGCGAUAUGGCAGCCAGGCAGCGGACAUUGUGGAUCGCCUGAUGGAGCUCACCAGCCACGAGGGCAGCCUCAACAAUGUUCUCGUUUACAUGGCCAAGCAUUUGCAUGCCUAUUCCAAGAGUCUGGGCCUGCCGGUGCCGCAUCUACUCGCUGGGCCGCCGCCUCAGCGUCAGGGCUACGAGCGCAUCCUCUAUGCGUUGCAGCGUUUCGCUUUGGCCAACAUUUGCAGUGGCACGGACUCGGUGCGUCAUAUGUGCGGUGGCAUCUUCAUGCAGAUACUGCAGCAUGGCCAGGCCUGCGGUCUGCUGGGGCUAUUUCAAGCGGUCUAUCUACGUUUCGAGGAGGGCAGCAGCAGCACCAGCAGCGGCAGCCUGCUUGCUGGCUGUCUGGCAAUGGAGAAACUUGUCAGCGUUCAGGGGGCACGCGAGGCUAUCAGGCACUGUCCCAGCCUUUUUGGACGUGUGUUUCCCGAGUAUUUGGGCGUGGAUGAUGCCGUCGAUUCGCUCUUUAAAGCCAUGAUGGUGGCAUCGCGCAAAGAGCAGACCUUCGAGGAUUGGUGCCAGCAAUGGUUGAACCUGCUGCUGAGGGCCACACAGAACCAAAAUAAGCGACUGUCAGCCAUCGAGGGGCUGAUCACGCAGGCCGUCAAAGAGGAGCCGCAGGCAUUGCGUCACAUUUGGCUGCAAAACGACACGGCCAUACCCUUUAGCACCAUCCUGACGGCCAUACUGAGCGCACGCAACGACGAGUCAAAUGAAAUGCGGCAGUACCUGCUCGUGAAGCACAGCCAGAUGCUACGAGACGCUGUGGUGGGGCAGGACGAUCACCUGCGGCUGCUUACCUUGCGCUUUGUGGGCGCCGCCGCACUGCCCAGCCAGCCGGUCAGCGUCGAGGAGCGUGCCAUUAUUGGCUACUAUCUGAAGCACAACAUCAACAAUCCCAGUGCGCACAUACGCCAGCUGGGCUUUGGCCACAUGCUGAAGGUCAUACGACGCAUCGAACUCUGCCUGGCGGAGCACAGGAAGCGUCCCACCGCCACUGGUGCCGACCAAAUGGACUAUCUGCGCGGUUUCAUGGCCCUGCUGGCCGACAAUCUCUUUCAUUCGGCCAACUAUGGACGACGUUGGCUCUCGCUGCGUCUUCUACAAAGCUGUGCGGUCAUGUGCAGCCGCCUGGACAUACCCAUGGAGGAUAUACUGACCGCCAAUCAGGCGGCAUGCGUCGAGUCAUGCCUCUGGGACAGCUACGAGCACAACAAACUGGUGGCUGCCGAGCUGCUGAUCAAGCUGCAGCCAUGCACACGCAUCCAACCGGACACUGUGAUGGAGCUGCUGGUGUCGCUGCGGCCGCCCGAUUCGCUCACGGGUGCCUAUCUGCUGCAGGUGCACUGCCAGGCCAAACAGGUGGAGACGCAGCUGGUGCCGUGCCCAGCCGAUGCAGUGCGCUAUCAGCCGCGGAUCUAUGCAGCGCUGCAGUGGUGCCUGCAACCGUUGCGCGAGGCUCUGGCUCUGGCCACCACAAAUCUCGCAGAGGCCGCCAAAUUGAGUCCGAUGUACGGCCUGCUACUGGCCAGUCGCCAUCUCAUCGAGCUGCUUGCCAUGCAGGAGCUGGCCAGGGAGCCCCUCUGGCGGCAGUAUGUGCAGGAGCUGGUCGACGUCUGCAUGGCCAUUAGCGAGGUGGUGCUGCCCGUUGUGAGCAGUGUGGCGCCCGAGGGCUACUUGCCGGAGACCAGUGACCAGGAGACGGACCAAGAGGUGGCCAAUGUCCUAAGGCGGCGUCUGGAUGCUGAGGCGUUGCGUCAGAUACGCACCACACCGCAGAUGGUGUUACUCUGUGCUUGGCGCAGCAUCAAGGAGGUAUCCAACAUACUGGGCGGUCUAGUGGAGCGCUCGCCCCUCGAGCAGGAGCACCAGCAGCAGCAGCAGCAGCAGCAGAAGGACGAUGCCACAUAUCUGCUGAGCGCCAGUCAGCUAACGGCCAUUGGAGAUCACUUCCUUUUGCUGCUGGCCGAGAUUAAGCAUCGUGGUGCCUUCGAGCAGGCCUAUGUGGGCUUCAGCAUGCUCUGCCGCCGCUUCUGGCACAGCGAUGCGGCCGCGCUCAAUCAAUUGCCCACCGCUUGGGUGAACGAGGCACUCGAUAUGAUCGAGGGAAAGCAGCAGCAGCAGUCCCUCGCAUCGUCGCAGUCUCGUUUGUGUCCCACGCGUCGCAGUGCCGGCAUACCCUACAUGCUGCAGGCGCUCGUCUGCUCGGAGUUGAAGCUGGGCACCCACAACACGCUGCAUCGUUGCAUGAUCCGGCUGCUGAAGGUGUGCGAGUCGCCACCGGCGGAUAGUGAUGCCCCCCAAGCUGGCGCUGAAGCGUCUGCCGGCGCUGCCCACUGCCAUGCGCUCAACAUAAUGCGUGCCCUAUUCCGGAGCAGCGAGCUGGCCGAUCUGGUGGGUGAGUUUGUGGCACGCGGCAUCGUUUGCACGCUGAAUGGUCUGCUGGCCACCGACUGGGCGGAGCAGAAUAGCGCCAGCCUGCUGCUGGCGACGCUCGUCGUCCGCGUGUUCGGUGUGGAGCGGCCGCGCGAUGACUCUGGCGAGCUGCAUGUACGCAAUCGGAUGACGGGACGCAUUUUCUUCACGCGCUAUCCGGAGUUGUACAACUACUUUAGCCAGGGCCUGGCCAGGGCUGCACAAGGGCCCAGGCCGCUGCAUGGCGCUCAGAAGAUUCAUUUGCAGAGCAUGCUGAUGCUGCUCAGUCGCCUCUAUCCCUCGUCGAUGGAGGGAGCCGAGUCCACACUGAAGCUCAGCAAUUUUGUGCCAGAUCUGCUGAAGAUCAGCCUCUGUGCGGAUGUGUUGACCCGCGAGAAGGCCGCGUCGGUGGUUGGCAAUUUCGUGGACGAUCAGGAUGCUUUGGUCCGGACAAGGCGCAUCCUUGAUCAAAUGUUGGUGCUGCAUGAACGAUUGAACGCACCGCCCUCCCAAGAGGAUGCUGAUGAUGGUCCAAUGGUGAGCCACAAUCGUAUCCAUGGCCAGGAGCGGCUGCUGUUGGAGCUGUACCGACGCCUGCGCUGGAGCCGCCCGAAUCUGAACCGAAUGAUGCUGAAGACAUUAUCAAAAGUGACAAUUGAUCUGCUCGACAGGAGCCUCUUUCUGUUCAACGGCAUGCUGGAGGUGCUGGUGGCCAUACUCGAGGAUGUGGCGCAUGGACAGGUGGAGGAGAGUGUAAUGGUCGAGCUGCGGCGCGUGUACGAGCUGUCGCCUGUUCGCAUCUAUGAGGCUUGCCAGAGGGAUCGCCUCUCGCCGAAGAUCUUUCAGAUCUUUGGGCUCCAUCUGCACCGACUGGAGCACCUUCCGGGGUCCGCCAUUAAGCACAUUGUCACGGAUCUGUGCAAAUUCAGCGGCCCAAUGCCCAUGGCGAUCGAGGAGUUGAAGGGUGAGCUGUUGCUGUACGUGGCCCUGCAGGAUCUGCCGCCGCUUCAUAUCGAUCUGGUCAAUGCCGGCGACGUGAAGGUUUUGAGCUUUUCCAGCGACAUUGUGCGCUACCACAAGGCCCUCACACCCGACCAGCGGCAUGAGCUGGGCCGUGGCAUCGCCUCGUCCCCGUCGGUGCACACCUGCCUCCGCCGUAUGUACGUCUGGGGCCAGCAGGGCCCACCCAACUGCUGGAGCCUGCAGCUGGCCGGCCGCAUUGGGAUACUGCAACUGCUGAUUCCCCUUAAUCCCGCCAUCGACUUGGAACGACUACUGGAGUUUGCGCUCGAGAACAACGCCGCUCACGUUCACUUUGGCCUGGUGCUGGCCAUCAAGCGCCUGAUGGACCGCCAGGAGGAGCUGUCGCAGCCCAUCUGGAUACCCCUGCUGGAGUAUGCACAGAUUCUGUGCUAUGCCACACAGCCAGUCUAUUUGCGGCACAAGGCCAUCGGUCUGUGCGAGCGUAUUGGCAUCGAAAUCUCACGGCAGCUCUUCCUCGGCGAUUUGGAGACGCUCGGGCGUUUUGCCCGUCUGGUGCUCCUUCUGCUGGUGGACGAUGACGAGGGAUUGCGCAACGAUGCGGCCGUGAUGGCCGACCAGAUGGAUUGGGAUAGGGUGCACCCGAAGCCGGAGCCCAAGAAGAUUCUCGCAAAUGUAGUGCUUAAAAAGUUCCUCAAAAAUUUCAUUGACAGCCUGGAAAAAUACGGCAAGGAUAAUGGCUUUUUGUUGCGCCUAUUUAGUAUCAUUAUCGAGCCGUUCCUGCUGAUGGCACAGGAGACACCCAGCCCGGAGCAUGGCGCCUUGGGGGAGGAUGGGGCGGAUGUCGAUCUGUUUGACAAGCAGGGAUGCAAUCUGUACUGUGAGACGCUGAUGGUCAUCCGCGAGGUGGCCGAUAGCUUCACUGAGGCCUUCCCCCAGGACACUGCCCUGCUGUCGUCCAUCGCAGAGGUGCUCCGUGCCAAUGUCGUUUGGUCCAGAAGCGAAUGGAAUUAGAGCCACAGAUGCUUAAACCUGAAAAGUUCAAAAAAUGUUUUGGAAUCAAUGCAUUUGGUUAGACGUUGUACAUAUCAAACCUAUACUGAAAUAAAAUUAUGUUAUCCACCAAACUAAACAUUCUGUACACUUAACAGAGCGCUCAUCGUCAAGAUCGACUCGAGGCGCACAAGCGAAUGCUGCCAAAGAGAAUGCACGAGAAUUGUAUUGACUAUUUGUAAUUUUAUUUGCUGUUCAUUUAUCUGAAGACAUGUUUAAGCCCUGUGAAUUUUGUUUUUUUU